AUAACAUCAAGCGUUUUAUUUCGUACUUAUAAUUGAUUUUGAGUGAUGUGGACUCUCGCGAUAGAAAUAAGGAAACUGAAAAACAGAAGAACUUUGUGUUGGACGAUCGACUGUCGCUUCUUUAUUGUUCUAUGAUAACAGCAGCUCACUGUUCUGCUGCUGAAUACAGAUAACGGCUUCAUAGACAUUAGACAUCACACCGUGCGAUUGUUUGUUAAUAAGAACUUAAUAGUCGCUUUUCAAUUAAAACGCUAGAAAUCAAUUCUCCAACACACAUUUCCUGUUUGAUUUUCACGUUUAUAACAUUUGGUUCAAACGCGUAAAACUUAAAGUUUGUUUCCAUUGUUUCUAUCGUUAAUGGUGAAUUUAUGCAUUUCCACUGACCGUCGAUAAUGUGCCGACACUCCAGUGACGUCUUACACUUAGGCUGUGGUUAAUGUUAGUCGUGUCUCAAAGUACGAUCAAUCUAUGACCAUGUUCUCUUGGAUACGCAACAGGAGGCAAUUGACCAGACUCGUAGUGUGUGUGCUGAUUUGGUUUUUAUGAACAGACAAAAUAUAAUGUUGUGCUAGCUUGUCUUCCUAUCGUUCUUACCUCAGUGUGCAAAAUAUUAUAAUCCAUGUCAAAAAAAGGGAAUUCACUGGCUCCACAAUCCAGUAGCCAAGGCAUAGAUCAGUACGGGUUCGAAGACGAUGGACUUCCAGAUACCGUCGAUUGCCUGGGCGCAAGAGACAGCAGAACGAUACACGUCAACAGCGUUCAGAACUUCAAGCACUGUUCGAACUGUAUAUCCACGGCCAAGUACAGUAUACUGUCGUUCUUGCCCAUAUUCCUCUUCGAACAGUUCCGGCGUUAUUCGAACUGCUUUUUUCUACUUAUAGCGCUCUUACAGCAAAUACCGGAAGUGUCUCCCACUGGUCGAUUCACAACAUUAGUACCAUUAUGUUUUAUUCUUUUAGUCUCUGCACUUAAAGAAAUUAUUGAAGACUUUAAAAGACAUAGAGCAGACCGUGAAAUCAACCAUCGAAAAGUGGAAGUCUUAAAUAACGGUAUUUGGACGCCACAACGAUGGGAUCUCAUAAACGUAGGCGACAUUGUUAAAGUACAAAACAAUACGUUCUUCCCCGCAGAUCUUCUAAUACUUUCUUCCAGCGAACCACAAAGUAUGUGUUAUAUUGAAACAAUGAACCUAGAUGGGGAAACAAAUCUCAAAAUACGACAAGGUCUUCCAGAAACGUCACGUUAUGUCGAUGCAAAUGAUCUCAUGCGCUUUAAAGGGGUAAUUGAGUGUGAGCUUCCAAACCGGUUGAUCUACGAUUUUGCUGGCAGCUUAAAAUUGGUAGAUAGAGUUCCAUUGUCUUUGGGUCCCAACCAUCUGCUGUUGCGAGGUGCUAUGUUGCGUAACACCGCUUGGGUGUGUUGUGUAGUUAUCUACACUGGCCAUGAGACAAAGCUCAUGAUGAACCAGACUUCAGCUCCUCUAAAAAGGUCAACCGUAGACAAAAUUGUUAACACACAGAUUAUAAUGCUUUUCUUGUUGCUGUGUACAUUGUGUUUGAUAAGCGCGUUUUGCAAUAUUAUUUGGACCAAACAGAAAGGAUCAAAAGACUGGUAUUUACAAGUAGAUGAUUUUGUUACAUUCAAAUUUGCAUUUAAUUUACUCACAUUCUUUAUAUUAUUUAACAAUUUAAUUCCCAUUUCGUUGCAAGUGACUGUUGAGGUUGUACGCUUUAUGCAAGCACUGUUUAUCAACAACGACAUUGAAAUGUAUCACCAAGGAAGUAAUACACCAGCUAUGGCACGAACUUCAAAUUUAAAUGAAGAAUUGGGCAUGGUUAAAUAUAUUUUUUCUGAUAAGACUGGUACGUUAACAAGAAACGUUAUGGAAUUUAAACAUUGUUCAAUAGCCGGAGUCCUAUACUUAGAAGGUUCACAAGAUACCUUAAUAAAUAAUUCAAAAAACCAUCCAACACAAGAUUAUGUUUUAGAAUUCUUAAGAAUGAUGUCUGUUUGUCAUACGGUUAUUCCGGAGAAAAUUAAAGACUCAGAUGAAAUGUUAUACCAUGCGUCAUCUCCAGAUGAGCAAGCAUUGUUGAAAGGGUGUCAAUUGUUUGGUUAUGUGUUCCAUACCCGCACUCCUAGAGCGGUCACUGUUUCAGCAUUGGGCAUCAACGAGGAAUAUGAAGUUUUGACUGUCAUAGAGUUUACCAGUGCUAGAAAGCGGAUGUCCGUCAUUGUGCGUGCGCCGGAUAAAAAGAUUUAUCUCUAUUGUAAAGGUGCAGAUACUGUUAUUUUUGAACGGCUUUCAAGGGCGGGUGAAGAGUAUAAAGAAAUAACAUUAAAGCAUCUCGAAGAAUUUGCAAAUAAUGGUUAUCGUACAUUGUGUUUUGCUUAUGCCGAGCUUUCGGAGCACACUUACUCUGAUUGGAAUGAAGAAUUUUUGAAAGCGGGUAAUGUUCUUACAAAUCGCGAGGGUGCUAUUGAUGAGGUGGCCAAAUUAAUUGAAGUAAAUCUCAUUCUGCUCGGGGCGACAGCCGUUGAAGACAAAUUGCAAGAUCAAGUACCAGAAACCAUUGCAGCUCUGAUUAAAGCGGAUAUCAAUGUUUGGGUACUGACUGGAGAUAAACAAGAAACUGCCAUUAAUAUUGGAUUCUCAACAAAUCUGAUUACACAAGGAACUCCUUUAAUUAUACUCAAUGAGCCUACAUUGGAUGAACUUAGAGAAUCGUUACGGCAGCACAUGAGUGAGCGGGGACCAGCUGUAGGGAAGCCUGAUAAUCCUUUAACGUUAGUAAUUGAUGGCCAGUCAUUGAAACAUGCUCUAUCCCAUGAUCUAAAAAUGGAUUUCUUAGAACUAUGUAUGAGUUGCAAGUCUGUUAUAUGCUGCCGUGUAUCACCUAUGCAAAAAGCAGAAGUUGUAGAAUUAGUAACGUUAAAUACACAUCAAGUGACAUUAGCAAUUGGUGAUGGAGCAAAUGAUGUGGCAAUGAUCCAAAAAGCACAUGUUGGUGUUGGUAUAUCGGGUGUUGAAGGAUUACAGGCUGCUUGCGCAUCUGAUUAUUCUAUAGCCCAAUUUAAGUUCCUGUUGAAAUUAUUGUUUGUCCACGGUGCUUGGAAUUAUAAUAGAAUGUCAAAGUUGAUUUUGUAUAGUUUCUACAAAAAUAUUUGCUUGUACAUCAUUGAACUGUGGUUUGCAAUUUAUUCCGGUUGGUCCGGUCAAAUCAUUUUUGAAAGGUGGACAAUUGGACUGUAUAAUGUCCUAUUUACUGCUGCUCCGCCCUUGGUAAUUGGUAUAUUUGACAUUGUGUGCACUGCAAACACAAGGCUCAAGUUUCCUCAGCUCUAUUCACAGACUUUAGACACAUUUAACGUACGGAUAUUUUGGAUAUGGGUGUUUAACGCUAUACUUCACUCGUUUCUGUUAUUCUGGAUCUGUAUGUUUGCAUUGAAACAUGAAGUUGUCUGGUCUAAUGGAAAAGAAGGCGGUUACUUACUCAUGGGAAAUUUUAUAUACACAUAUGUUGUCAUUGUUGUGUGUCUCAAAGCUGGCCUUCACAUACAGUCAUGGUCUUAUAUUGUACAUACUGCUAUAUGGGGUUCAAUUGCUGCAUGGUUCGUGUUUCUGGUCAUCUACAGUCACGUAUGGCAGGUAUUCCCUAUUGGUUCUGUGUUUACUGGCAUGGAUGUCAUGGUAUUCACAUCACCAAUUUUCUGGAUUUUGAUGCUGUUUUCAGUAACUGUUGUCAUGGGAUUGGAUUUAGCAGUUUUAUCAAUUCAAACAACUACCAAAAAAACUCUGGUUCAAACAUUAAGGGAAAACGAAUUACGAAAACCAGAAACAAACAAUGUUGUUAAUCCGGGACAUAGAACAAACGAAAAGGCACGUCUCCUUGAGAACGUAAAAAAUGUUUUCAAUUUCAAAUCUCGAUUACAAUCGACCACGGAAGUUGAAAUGAACCAUGGUUUUGCUUUUUCACAAGAAGAAGGAGGUGCUGUCAGUCAGUCAGAUAUGAUACGCGUGUACAACACGUGCUCGCCAACUCCAGAAGUCGUAUAAAUGCGUGUGAACUGCCGCUAAACCACUGUUAGUAAUAACUAAUAAUAAUCUUAAACAUAUAAUACCACGUGUCAAGCACUUAGUUUUACAAUCUGUUAGCUGGUCACAUAUAUUAUUUUAUUGUUAAUUUCAUUACUGUCGAUAUAACUUUUUGUUUUGAUCUUUACUAUUAUUAUUUUUAUUAUUAUUAUCAUCAUCAUCAUCAUCUCAUCAUCAUCAUAAAAAUUUUAUUUGGAUAUUGUGCUCACCGUAAUAAUGCUAUUUUUAAUUUGUACAUCAAAAUAUCUGGUACAAAUCUCAUGGAUCAAUUCCUUCACAUUUGUUUACAGUUAUUUAUCGACUAUUCAGUAGUCACUAAAUAAAUUAAAAACAAAGAUGGCUAUAUACUACACUAGAUACAGAUAAGAAAAUUAACUGCUAAUUUAUAUGAGAAGAAUUAAAAAUCUUAUAGCCAGAGGUAUUCAAACUGUGUGUCAAGGGCGUCCUGGGGCGUCGCAAGAGUUGACAAAAGAGAGCUGCAUCAAAGCACCGGAAACUAAAAUUAAUGUAGUUCAUGUAUAAUUAAUAUAAAAUAAUAUUAUUUAUAAUCAUUAAUGCGGUUAUAGAAACAAUAACGAAAAACACACCACGCGACUAUUUUAAGUAUUAUUUCUAGUACUAAAGUCACUGGUAUUAUCAUCCAUAUUGUCCAUAUUGUAUCCAUUUUUCAAAAUAUUGUGAACACACAGAGAAGCAACAGGAUGAAAAAGUUUGAAUACCUCUGCUAUGGGUACACAUACUAGAAGUAGUUAAUUAAUAGUGUCCAUCCACCAUAUUUUGACUUAUAAAUUGCAUAAUAAUAUAUUUUAUUCAUAUUUAUUUUUCAAUGUUUGUUUGAUAAUCAGCAAUCAUGAAUAUAUGGGGAAAAGGAUCAUAUUAUAUUUUGAUGGCAUUGUAUUUUUAUCUAGUGUAGUAUCUACCCAGAAGUUUAAGGAUAAGAUAUUAACAUUUACAGAAAAUCUAAUUACUAGUUGUAACUAAGUUACCUAGUUACUAAGUUUUUUUCUGUAGGUACAAUGUACAUGGCAAAUACAGUAUCUAACUUGUAGAUUGUAGAUCUAUUAUAUUAAAUGGACUGCACACUUUUUCAUAUAAGUAUCUCUAGAAAAUAUGUAAAGCUUUUUAUUAGAGUGGACUUCAAAACUCAAGUGUAAACUAUCGUAGAAAAAUCUUAGUUUUUAUGUUUUUAAAGCAAUAUCUAGUCAAACAAUAAUUAAGUUGAAAUUAAUGUUUAUUUUAUUUCUUAACUUAUUAUUUUGUGAUAUUUUGCCUAGCAAUAGUUGAAGCUUGAGUCUUGAAAAUGACUAACGUGUACAGAUGUGCGGUCCAUGAUAUAAUAGGUUUUUGAGCAUCAUAAUAUUAUAUUAUUAUCACCAUUCGUGUAUAAUAUAAUAUCAUUGAUUAUACAUAGUAAUAUAGUAUACUAUGUAUAAUCAAUGAUAAUAUGUAUUAAACAACACAGCUCAACCUUGUCCAAUAAUUGUCCAGUGGAUAUUGUUUUUAUGCCCCAUAGUUGCUUAGUUGCUUCCAAAAAUAUUAAAAUAUCAUACAUUUGCCAAAAAUGUAAUACACACAACACUUUUUAAGAUUACUCAAAAAUUCUUCCGUUCUCGGAGGCUGUGCUCAUUCUUGAAUUUUUCUAGUAUUUUCUACAGUUGUGUCUAUGUACUGCUCUAUGAAUAGGAUGACAAGCCACCAGUUUAUCGGGACGAAUAUUUUUGUUUGUAUCAAAAAACAGAUUUUUUUCUGGUCACUCUUCUGUUGAUUAUAAUAUUAUAUUCAUAAUUAAUUAUUGUCAGUUUCAAUUUGAUUUAAUCUUCAUUAUUAUUAUUAUUAUUGUUUUCAAUAAACUCGUCGACCUUUAAAACCUCAGACAGCCUGAAACGAAUCGUACAAAAUUCGCUAAUCGACACUUGACCCUGUGGGUGGGGGGAUUUAGAGUAGUAGUAGAGUUGUUGUCGUACAUGGAACCAUAUUAUUAUCUCCUCCGACUCCCGAGAGAUACGCGAGGAGUGCUCGUUCGGUCUGCUAAUCGUAAUUUUCUCACGGCAUGGAAGAGCGCACAAUCCAUCAUCGUAAAGUCGGAAACCGUGCCUCAGUGUCGUCGCCAACUGUCUGACAUAGACGCGAGCUCGUCACUUAUCCCUUCUAUAAUGAGACUUGUCGAUAAUAAUAUUUUUAUACUUGCCUAUAACUAUAAUAUGUUUAUACCUAUUUUGUUACACCUAUUAUUGUGCGUUUCCCGUAUCCUAUAGCGCACGUGUGUGUACAAUACUUAGACAUUCAUAAGAAUCGUACUUUCGUACCCACUAAUUUAUACUAAAAAAAUAAUGUUAAAAUAAUAUGUUAAUGUAAAUAUAUACUGCCUACACAUUUUAUAAUAUAGGUAGGUAAUAUGUGUACAAAUUUCGGGAUUUGAACACGUCACAUCGUACAUAGAACGCCGCAUGUCCUAUAAUAUAAUACACGGAUUGUUACUCGAAGGCUCAGUUAUGCAUUUUAUACAUUUUAAACUAUAUAAUCGUAAUGAAGUCCGUUUUUCGUUUUGUCCUUGACCCUCUGUAACUGUACCAUGCAAGUAUCAAACAGGUAAACGAUACCUAAGUAUUGCAGACAGAGAGCACUCUACGACACGAAUGCAAACGUAUUAUGUAGGUAAGACCUUGGUAGAAACGUUACAGAAAAUUGUGCAUCACCAUUUACCAUUUCGCAACGGACAUAGUUAUAUUAUAUUUCAAAUGUUCACAUCAAACGCGAAAUUUCUUUUGUUCGGUUGAGUGGAUUAUAGUGGGACAUGCGCGUUUCGUCCAGUGUGCAGAUAUACAUCAAGGUAUCUACCUACCUAAUAAUAUAUUGUAUUCUACACCUGUUGAAUUAAGGAGGUAAACGAUGACUUAUAGGGCGCGUUCAUUAUUUUUUUUAUUGUUUGUUUAUUUUUUAACGUCAAAUUGAUUAAGCGAUUACCUAAUUAUAUAUAUUUACAUACAAGGAUAUUAUCGUAUGAUUCAAUACCUAUAUGUUAAUAAAUGUGUUUUUAUAAAUUGUUAAACAACAAUGUGAUAGCUACUUUCACUAAACUGAUCUGUGGAACCGUUAACGAUUUAGUAUGAAACACGAGUUUUAUUUUCAUCACAAUAUUGUUCAUUGUAUAUUGUCAUUUGUAUAUCUCGUGUGUUAUCUGAAAUAUCAGGGCAAUUUAAUAGUUUUUUAUAGCUAUAUUACCUAUACAUAUAAUAUAUAUUUUUAUUUUAAUAUUAUAAAAUAUAUUUACUUUAUACCGUA